ACGUUUAGCUGGAAUUCCUGGCUAUGUUGCUGCUGAGCUCUCUCCUGCAGAAGUCCUGAAAAGAAGGGAGUUUAUUCUGGGAGAUGGUAAAUCCUAUGGUGGAUUUGAAAAUAAGGCCCUUCAGCAGAACUCCUAUUACAAUAUUUACUAUGUUGCCUUGAGCCUCUUGAACGGAGACACAACAGCCAGCUGGUCACAGCUGAAAACCCCAAUCCGCACUGUGCCCUUUGAUUCAGCUCUGGCACCACCUAUCUCCAUUUCACUGGACAGUAAAAACAUGACCUGCCUCAACUUUUCUUGGACUCUACCACAAGGAGUGGAAAAUGUGUUAACAGACAUUACAUUAUCAGUGAAGAAAACCAUUGAUGACGCAACAGUUACCACAACAGACUUGCCAGUAACAGCACGAAGCUAUCAGAUAUGUAAUCUGUCUCCAUUUACAGUCUACACAAUUGCUGUAACAGCCAGAACAACUGAUGAAAGAGCCAUCACUAGCACAGAAACCUUUACUACAGUUCACAACACACCACCGACACCUCCAGCUCCUGUGUUAGUCAGCGCAUCAUACACAACAAUUACAAUCUCAAUUGAACCCAUGGUAUUGACAGACGCCCCACUCACAGCUUACCAGCUGCAAGUAGAGAAAGUGAUCAACAGCAGACGCAAAAGACUUGCAGAAAUACCAGGUUAUGUCACAGCACAACUCUCCAAGGAAAAUGUGACACAGAAAAUGAACUUUAUUGUUGGAGAUGACCACAGCUAUAGUGGUUACGUAAACAAGCCACUGGACAGAGAUUCCUUCUAUAUUAUUCAUUACAUAGUGAUCAGUACUGCUAGUGGAGUUACUAAGUUCAGUAAUUCUAGCCUACUUCCUCCAGUUCGAACUGUACCAUAUUCUAUAAAUUUGGCCAGCCAAUCAGAUAAUGACACUACUAAUGUUCUCAUGUGGGUUAUGAUUGCACUAAUCCUACUCACUCUUCUCAUUCUUCUGUUGAUCCUCUUAUACUGGUGCUGGAAGCGGAGAAACCGAUUCAAACCUUAUGAAGCUCAAGAAGACAAGAAUACAUUUGUCCUCCCAGAAUUAAUAGAUGACUAUAACCCAGAACAGUACUGGAGUACAAUUUAUGACCUUAAGAACAGUAGACAAAUCAUAGCUGGAAAGGAUCUUGUUUAUAGAAAAGGGCAUGUUCUUCAUACGAAUGGAGUAGUGACUCCACAAGCCAGUUUGCCUAAUAUCUCCUUUUCGGAUGAAUUCAAAAAUCUUCCACAUUCAUCCGAUAAAGCCACAGAUAACGUAGCUCAACAGAAUAAUGAACUCAAUAGAUUUCCUCAUCUCCUGCCUUAUGAUCAUAGUUUGGUUCAUCUCAGACCUGAUGUAAGCAGUCAUCGGACCUAUAUCAAUGCCAGUUUUAUUCCUGGCUACAAGAAGUCAUCAGCUUAUAUUGCAGCACAAAGUCCUUUUGAUGAAGACACUGUUCUUGAUUUUUGGCGUUUGAUUUAUCAGAACUCCAUCAAGACUGUGGUUAUGAUCACCAACACUGUAGAAGACAACAUGGUGAUGUGCACUCAGUACUGGCCAGAUGAAACAAAAGCCACCUUUGGGGAUUUCCUUCUCAAUCUGGUUGAAACCACAGAGUAUGCAGACUAUAUUAUCAGAACUAUUGCCUUCAAGACCAGUGGAGAGGAGCAGUUCAUGGCAGUUAAAAUAUUUGAGUUCACGUCUUGGCCAGAGCACGGUGUACCAGAUGACCCGAUUCCAUUUAUACAGAUGCGACAUGCUGUGAGAAGUCACCAUCAGGAUAAUUCAGGCCAAAUUCUGGUUCACUGUGGAACUGGAGUUGGCAGAACUGGUGUCUUCAUUGCUGUAGAUGCUUUAGCUGAACAGUAUGCAGCUGAGGGCAGGGUGACGGUUUUUGAUUUUGUGAGUCAAAUGCGCCAGUAUCGCCCCUUUAUGGUGCGCACUUUGAAGCAGUAUGUGUUCGUUUAUGAAGCAUUGUUUGAACAGUUUCAUGCUGGAGACACUCUUGUGGACUUUAAUUUGAAGGACAUAUAUCAUGGAUGGACACAGAAGAAUCCUCGGACUGGUCAGACUUACUUGAGAGAUCAGUAUACGCUUUUAGAGACUUAUACAAGAAGACCUCGGAGGGAUGAGUUUAAGACAGCAUUACUGGAAGCCAACAUAAAAAAGAACAGAUAUUUGGAUGUACUGCCUCCAGAAAAAUACCGACCUCUACUGAAAUCUCUUGGCGGGCCCAACUCAACUGAUUACAUUAAUGCUUUGUUUGUAGAUGGAUAUUUAAUGAAGAACCAGUUCAUUGUUACACAAACGCCUCUCAGCACAACCAUCACAGACUUUUGGAAGCUGGUUUAUGAUUACAGUGUUAGCACUAUUGUUAUGGUGGAGAGUUUGAAAAACGAGGAUGAGACCUGUGCAAACUACUGGUCUGACACUAAUGCAAAACUUACAGAACCAUUUGUCGUUGAAACCACAGUUGCCUACCAGCAUGACAACAUCACUCUCCGCAGUUUCAGAAUCCUUAACACUCAGCACCCAAAGAAGCCAGCUAGGCUUGUCAUGCAGUUUCAGUUCAAUGCCUGGGCCCGACCAAAUUUGACUCCACAGUCCAAGACGAUGAUGAUGGAUCUGAUUGAUGAUGUGUUUUCCUGGCAACAAAAAGCUUGUAGCAAUAGGAAACCUAUCAUUGUCCACUGCCAGGAUGGUGCAUCUCAUUCUGGUCUUUUUGCUGUUUUGGCUGUUAUAUGUGAAAAAAUGAAGCAGGAUAAAGAAGUGGAUAUAUAUAAGACAGUCAAACACUGUAAGAGACGAAGGACUCAGUUUAUUGCUGACUAUGAACAGCUUCGGUUUUGCUACAAGGCAGCUUGGGACUACAUGAAUUUGCGAAUGCCAGGAGGGACUUUCACUGAAACUCUUGGACAGAGUAAAAGUGAUCAGCUUUAUGGUGUAGCAUCAUUUAAUUUAUCAUCUUUGUUUGACAACAUCAACAGUGAGGAGGUGAUCAUUUAA